CGGCGUUGCGCGCACGAGACGCCACAGUCGCAUCUAUGGAGCGCUCCUGCCGCCUGUCCUACUAUUGCAUGAAAUUAAAGUGUAAUAUGACAUAGAAGCAAGACGCCCUGGCACUUCAAAAGGAAAACAAACCUUGCAGUCUACACCUCAACACUCGCGACUUUCCAAGGAUACCGACUUGAAACUUUUACAAGAUACCCCCCUCCUCCCCCCGCACAUUACACACACACACACACACACACCGUUCCUCCACUUUGUAUCCGUUCGUGUAAAAUUCCCUCGGAGCUUUGCUGCUCAUUUCACUCCGGCGGCUAGAUGGACGAGGAAGAAGCCGCAGAAAGGAUGCCUCCAGCCGGUGUCCGAACCCGGAAUCCCCCGCCGCAAGUGAUGCUGAACCAGAAAAAGAUCAAAGCGAGACGGAAAAAGCGAAAGGAGUUGGUUUUGAUCCAAAUAUGCUUGUUGGGAGGGAUGCUUCUCGUCGUCAAGGGGUUCUCCUACUUAGCAGAAAAUUCAGGUUAUGACACAUCCAGCCCCACUACGUAUGAUGAUGAGCGAUGGGGAGGCAGGAAGCUACUGCAGGAGGUGGACACAUUGGACAGUAAUAGCAGCAUGGAAGAGGACGAGGAAAAGAAAAACUGCACCGAACCAGCUUUGCACGAGUUCCCUACAGAUCUGUUUACCCACAGGGAGAGGACAGAAGGAGCUGUGGCCCUACACGUCCUGUGUGCCAUGUAUAUGUUCAUUGCCCUGGCCUUGGUUUGUGACGAUUACUUUGUCCCUUCGCUGGAGAAGAUAUGUGAGCGUCUUCAUCUCAGCGAGGAUGUAGCAGGGGCAACCUUUAUGGCAGCUGGAAGCUCCGCCCCUGAACUCUUCACCUCUGUCAUAGGGGUCUUCAUCACUAAAGGAGAUGUGGGUGUGGGGACCAUUGUGGGGUCAGCAGUCUUCAACAUCCUCUGCAUCAUCGGAGUGUGUGGAAUCUUUGCUGGCCAGGCUGUGAAGCUCUCCCAUUGGACACUACUCAGAGACUCCGCCUACUACACGCUCUCUAUCGCAGCCCUCAUUGCAUUUAUCUACGACGGGGAGGUUACGUGGUGGGAGUCUCUAGUCCUGAACGUGAUGUACCUCUUCUACAUUCUAAUCAUGAAGUUUAACGGCAGAGCGAGGCGCUACUUUGACCGACGGAAGAAGAGCUCCGUGAGUCUGGCCAACGGUCUGACGGGCAGCACUGACCUGGAGGACAACGUCACCUGUGACGCCACCGCCGUCCUGCUCAAGAAAGCUAACUUCCAGUGUAAGCCCAGUGUGCUGAUGGUGGAUGAGCUACUGUCAGCCUACCCCCACCAGCUGUCCUUCUCUGAGGCUGGCAUGAGGAUCAUGAUCACCAGUCACUUCUCCCCCAGGACACGAUUAACCAUGGCUUCACGCAUGCUCAUCAAUGAGAGACAGAGGGUGAUCAACACCAGUGAGACCAGGGUCAACCAACACAUCACCAACGGAGACUCAGACUCUGCAGCCGCCAGGGCUCCAGAGAGGCGGGGUCUGGAGAACGGCAGGACGGGCGGGGCCGAGACAGGGCUGAACGGGAGAUGCCUAGCUCAGGGGGUCCUGGAGUCGGGGAAUGAGACGGAAAACGAGAACGAGGAUAAUGAGAAUAAUGAGAAUGACGGAGGAGAAGAGGAAGAGGAUGAGAACGAAGGACCUCUGGUCCCUCACAGACCACCAGCGGGUGUGUGUAACAAGAUGAAGUGGCUGCUUUGCUGGCCUCUGUGCCUGCUCCUCUUCUUCACCAUCCCGAACUGUGCCAAGCCACGCUGGGAGAGAUGGUUCAUGGUCUCCUUCGUCACCUCCACCAUGUGGAUCGCUGGCUUCUCCUACAUUAUGGUCUGGAUGGUGACUGUGAUUGGGUACACGCUUGGCAUCCCUGAUGUCAUCAUGGGCAUCACGUUCCUGGCGGCGGGGACUAGUGUUCCAGACUGCAUGGCCAGCCUCAUCGUGGCACGCCAAGGUCUGGGAGACAUGGCCAUCUCUAACUCCAUUGGCAGCAAUGUGUUUGAUAUUCUGGUGGGCCUUGGCCUGCCCUGGCUUUUACAGACCCUCUGCAUUGACUAUGGAUCAACUAUCUCUCUGAACAGUAGAGGAUUGAUCUUCUCUGUUGCGCUGCUCUUGGCCUCAGUGUUCCUCACAGUGCUGGGCGUCCACUUAAACAAAUGGACUCUGGACCGUCGACUGGGUCUGACCUGUCUCCUCAUGUACGCCGUCUUCGUCUGUUUCUCCGUCCUCAUCGAGUUCAACGUCUUCAUCUUCGUCAACCUGCCCAUGUGCCGCGAGAUCCUCUGAUCCUUGUGCUCUUCCUCUUCCUCUUCCUCCCGCUUUUGCUCCCGGAGGAUGUCUUUGCCACAGGUCUUUGCUCCCUGUCUGCUCGCCCCACCCUCGAGUGGAUUUUUAUCUUGAAAUAAUAGUUGUUUAAUUUAUCUUUGGUGCAAUACAAGCGAAAGAUAAACGGAGAUUUGCGUUCGUCUGGUUUUGGCGGGAGAAGAGAAGACGUAAGAGAAAGUCCCAUUGGAACAUGAUGAGGUCAAAGGUCAACCGAACAGGAAGUAGUAGUGACUGCUUCCUGUUAGCUUUCUGUUGCCAGGUAAACUGAAGACAUUGGUUUGGAUAAACUAAACUGUAUUAUCAUCGACGUCGAUGUAAAAAGCUGCUAACUGUCAAAAAGAAAAUGAUUGGCUAACGGCGAUUGAUAGCCAAUAGGAUUGUGUUAUUUUCUUACUCUUUGUACAUGUUUGGAUAUAAAUAUUAUACAUAUUGUUUAAGGUGUUUUAAGUUAAGAUAGAUGUGCGACAGGAUUCCAUGUGUGCUGUAAAUAUUUGAGGAGAAUAUUGACAUAUUGCUCUCACUUAGACUGGUCCGGUUCUUCAACCGUUCGGUGAAGUGGCAAGAAUCAAAGAAGAGGAGGAGGAUAUUUUUGUUUAAGCUGAGUGCACUGCAGUGACUUGACCAAACAGUGAUGCUCUCAUGCCAGCCAUGUCUUCUCGCAAAGUGUAAGACAGCAUGACAUGCUAAUCGCGAGUCUAUUCCUUUAGCUUUGUGCUGUCAGGGAGAGUUCAUAUCAAUAUCUUCUAUUUGCAGUCAGAUAUAUUUAUGUACAGUACAGUUUCUCUUGAGUUAUUUCGUCUCCAAAUAUAUCCAAGUGUAUGUGGGAUGUGGAGUACCAGUCGAAAUGUUUUGGACACGGCUGCUCAUUCCGGGGUUUUUCUUUAUUUUGACUAUUUUCUACAUUGUAGAAUAAUAGUGAAUACAUCAAAACUAUGAAAUAACACAUAUGGAAUCAUGUAGUAACCAACAAAAUGUGUUAAACAAAAUAUAUUUUAUAUUUGAGAUACUUCAAAUGGCCACUCUUUGCCUUAAUGACAGCUUUGCACAGUCUUGGCAUUCUCUCAAACAGCUUCAUGAGGUAGUCAACUGGAGUUCAUUACAAUUAACAGGUGUGCGUUGUUAAAAGUUAAUUUGUGGAAUUUCUUUCCUUCCUAAUGUGUUUGAGCCAAUCAAUUGUGGUGUGACAAGGUAGUAGUGGUAUACAGAGGAAAGCCCUGUUUGGUAAAAGACCAAGUCCAUAUUAUGGCAAGAACGGCUCAAAUAAGCAAAGAGAAAAGACAGUCCAUCAUUAAUUUAAGACAUGAAGGUCAGUCAAUCCGGAAAAUUUAAAGAACUUUUCAAGUUUCUUCAAGUGCAGUCGCAGAAACCAUCAAGCGCUAUGAUGAAACUGGCUCUCAUGAGGCCCGCCACAGAAAAGGAACACCCAGAGUUACCUCUGCUGCAGAGGAUAAGAGGAGACUGCGGGAAUCAGGCCUUCAUGGUCGAAUUGCUGCAAAGAAACCACUACUAAAGGACACCAAUAAGAAGAAGAGAUUUGCUUGAGCCAAGAAACACGAGCAAUGGACAUCAGACCAGUGGAAAUCUGUCCUUUGGUCUGAUGAGUCCAAAUUUGAGAUGUUUGGUUCCAACCGCCGUGUUUGUGUGAGAAGCAGAAUAGGUGAACGGAGGAUCUCUGCAUGUGUGGUUCCCACCGUGAAGCAUGGAGGAGGAGGUGUGACGUUGUGGGGGUGCUUUGCUGGUGACACUGUGAUUUAUUUAGAAUUCAUGGCACACUUAACCAGCAUGGCUACCACAGCAUUCUGCAGCGAUACACCAUCCCAUCUGGUUUGCGCUUAGUGGGACUAUAAUUUGUUUUUCAACAGGACAAUGACUGAAAACACACCUCCAGGCUGUGUAAGGGCUAUUUGACCAAGAAGGAGAGUGAUGGAGUGCAGCCUCCGAUAACCUGGCCUCCACAAUCACCCAACCUCAACCCAAUUGAGAUGGUUCGGGAUGAGUUGGACCGUGGAGUGAAGGAAAAGCAGCCAACAAUUGCUCAGCAUAUGUGGGAACUCCUUCAAGACUGUUGGAAAAAGCAUUCCUCAUGAAGCUGGUUGAGAAAAAGCCAAGAGUGUGCAAAGCUCUAAUCAAAGCAAAGGGUGGCUACUAUCUAAAAUAUACUUUGAUUUGUUUAGCACUUUUUUGGUUGCUACAUGACUCCAUAUAUGUAUUUCAUAGUUUUGAUGUCUUCACUAUUAUUCUACAAUGUAGAAAAAACCCUUGAAUGAGUAGGUGUGUCCGAACUUUUGACUGGUACUGUAUAUUUUUCCUAAUUUAUCCCAAAAUGAUUGUAAAUAAGGGAUAUCCCUGGAGUUUAAAUCCAGCACCGUCACUUUAUUGAACAGAGAUACGCUAUAUGAUAUGUUUCUGUUGUACAGCAUCUAGUUGUAUGUAACUGUAACUACUGCACUUUAGGACCCUUUUAGGCUAUAGAAUCUUGUACAAUAGCAGAAUACCUUCUACGCAAAUAGUAGAAUAUGUUCUACCCAGUUCGAGUACAACAUUUCUACUUAAGGAAAAUAAGUAUUUUUAGACUAGUAGGUGAUGUAAGGACUGUUGAGUUAAAGCUGGAUUGAAGUGUGUGUGUGUGUGUGUGUGUGUGUUUGUGUUGUCUGUGUGUGUGUCUGCACCACGCAUGUGUGCAAGUAUGUUUUUGUGUGUGUGUGUGUGUGUGUGUGUGUGUGUGUGUGUGUGUGUGUGUGUGUGUGUGUGGGUGGGGGUGGGGGGGAAUAUGGAAAUCUCGUUAAUGAGCAGACAUAAUCAUGAUUGAUUUAUUUAUGGAUUCAUUUAUUCACGGAUCAUGUCUGCUCUAUCGGUAUCAGAAAACCAUGUGGAUCCAGUUGUAAAUGGAAUGCUUUAUGUUCUUCUUUCUAUGUUAUUGAGAUUCUGUGUACCAAUUAUAUAAUCAAAAUACUGGAAACCUGACUAUGUUGUUUAUAUUUAAGAAUAUAGAACUUUAUCAUUUAUAAGUUUUGUAUAGUUCUUAUUUCAAAUAGUAUAUAUUGCAGCGUUUGUAUCUUGUAAAAAUGAACAGUUUGGCAGAUGCAGGACAUGGCACAUUAACUAGACUGGUUUAGCCACCAGGGGGCAGUGAAGUAAAUUACAUUUAGGAGCCAUUGAAUUAGAUUUGAUAUCUCUUAGUAAUAAUGGUGUCAGUUUCUACAUUUUCUAGCAGGCAAACCUUUCGCACUCGCACAACACAUGUAUUCUCUAAACAGUGCUUCUUGAACUCUGGUAAUAUCCCAGGCCCCGUGUUCACAGAGUCUCAGAGUAGAAGUGCUAAUCUAGGAUCAGGUCCCAACUGUCCAAAUAAUCUGAUUCAUUAUGAACUAACAGACCCACCUGAUCCUAGAUCAGCACCUGUACUCUGAAAAGUUUUGUGAAUACAGGUUCAGGUAUUCAGUUAAGGCCUCAAACCAACAACAAUUGUGGAUGUGUUGAUGUAUUGGGAGCCAAAACAGUAACAUAUAUUGUCAACAACAGUAUUGUCACUUUGUAUCAGUGCUUUGUAUCCACAGCAUGUGUUCAAACCAAAAGUGGAGAUGUGAUAACUGGGAAUGUCUACUAUUGCUUACUUUUAUGAGGAUUGCCAAUGGUUACCAGAUUAAAGGACCAGUCCGUCUUCUUUUUGAGGCUUUGUAGCCACAUGAAUGGUCCUCAGACUCAGUGUGUGGUAUUUGUACAGUUUCAAUUAGGGGCAGUAAAACAAUAAGAUGGUUGAUUUUGGCACAUAGAAAACAGUUUGGGUACUUUUAAGUGAAUGGAAGAGGAAUUUUGUCUUAGUCUGCAUGUCUCUUCAUGAUAAGUCUACUUAUUUUUGUGUGUACGUUUGAAUUAAGGUAUUUCAUGAUCAAAAGGCUCUGUUUUGAUACUGUUCAUAUCAAAAGGGAAUAUAAACAAUGUUUAAAUAACUUAUGACGAGGAUAUUUAUUUGAAAGAAAUACAGUAUUUAGAAUGUAGGUCUACUUCCCUAAUUGGUUUCAACAAGAACCGAUGUCAUUUUACUGUCAUGUCUUUGGAAUUGUUUGUAAAUCCUCAUUUUCUUUCCUGAGGGCCUCUGGUUAACGUAGCCUCUCUUAGUACUCUGUGUUUAGGAGGGAUUCGGUCAUAUUUUGCUCCCAGGGGUCUUCUUGCAAUAAACAGAUUUACAUACAGU